AUGACCAUAGUGCACACAGAAGGAAUUUUCACUCAUGAGAUUUCUUGGUGCAAUUGCCCUGGGUCAGAUCCAAUCGACUGGCACCUUGAUUUACUCAGGGAAAGACUCUUUCCAGCCAGUAUAACAAAGCCCAAGACUGCUUUCACCUUUGAUGUUCUUAAUCACUUUCUCAUUGAUGCCCUGGAAUGCAAGACUUCAGCUAUGAGUUUCUAUCAGAAGCUGAAGAGGUUCACCAACAAUGCAUUUCCUGACUGUAUACCAGACAGGUACCGAGAGCUGAUGAGGGUUUCCAGACUGUGGAGGGAUUUGAAACAUAGGAAAUGGUUUGGCUUUGGUCAUGAUAAAGAACAAGAUCCUAGACAAGGAGAACUUGCACUCUUUUGUCCUGCCUGCCCACAACCAGGUAUUAAUUUACCUCCAGAUUGGAAAACCCGAUAUGACAGUGAUACCAUAAUGAGGCAAUAUGUCAUGGAUGGCAACUUCACUGCUCAGCAUAUGAAAAUGAACAAGCCUGAGUUGGAUGUGUCAUUAGCAGAUGGAACUGGUUACAUGGUUGCUGAAAAGCCCUACCAGGCCCAUCUUGAGCAGUCUUUGGAUAACAAGGAGAGAUCCACCUGCAGCAAUCACAGGGCAAUCAAUGCUGCUAAUAUUAACAAGUCCAAUCUCCGGUCCACUGGGAUUGGUGCCACAGCCUGUGCUCGGCAUGGUUGCUUUGUUCCCCAUUCUGUGGUGGACUUUCAGAAAGGGGAAAAGUACAUGAACACAGAUUACUCCAUCUGCAGUGCUCUUGAUUAUCAUUCAGAAAGCAUCACAAAGGCCCUUGUCAUUUAUGAUGUUGGGUGCCAGUGGAGUAUUAACUUCCAGAGUCGGGUAAAAUCCAGCUGCUCUCUCCAUCUCCCUCCCUCCCUGGAAAUCAUUCCUGCUGUGGGGAAGUUUCAUCUUGCUGCCCACAAACUCUCUUGCUUUCCAAGAUAUAGCCUCAACUUUAUCAAGGGUGCUGGUCAUCUGGAUGGUGAAAUUUUGGAGACAUUGUGGGCUCCAUUCAAUAAGAUCUCUCCCACUGCAAGGUCUAUGACUCAGGCCCACAGACAAGAAGUGUAUGAUGACCAUAUGAGAGAUUCUAACUGGAAAAAAAUUGUCAACAUGGUUCCUGCACUGUUGAAAAAAUACAAGACCUCACACAAGUGCCUAGAAGAAAUGAAUCAGGCAUAUGAGCAGUUGACAGCUGUUCUAGACCCUGGCCAACUUGCCCAAUGGGAGUCAGAUGUUCUUGAGGCAGAAGCAAAUCGAGGUGAUUCCCUAGACAUUUAUUUGUUGAAAGGGGAAAAAGCCCCUACCAUGGGUGAAGUGCAGUUAAAGCUCAUGAAAAAUCCACCUGUGUCCCCAGGGAGCCAUGGUUCUGUGGCUUGGCUUGUGGAAGGAAUUAGCAUAGAGGAUGCACAGUAUGGUCUGUGGGACCAGCUAAGAUCUGAGCUUAGACAGAGCCACAUGUCUACCAGACAAGAAAUCAAAGUCUCAGAGAAAAGAAAAAGACUUUCUGCCAGGAUUGACAAAUUCCAUGGCACCAGCCAGGCAUUUCUCAAAGGUUUGGAGGUGGACGAUGUCUUCAUACCCCAGGAUGAUCCAGCAUUCCUUGGGCAAGGUGAAGAAAUUGAUGACAAUGGAGAGUACUGGGAAGAUGAUGAGGAUUGGGAGGCUACAGAAGAAGGAGAGGAGCUACCUGCUGAGCUCAUGAGUAUAUGGAUGCCCUCAUCCAUUGGAGCAACCAAACUGAUGGAGCUUGGCCUUCAUGACCUCCUCAAAGAAGAAAUGGAACUCAGGAUUGGGCAAGCUAAUGAUUGUCUAGACCAGCUCCGAACCAACCUUGGACACAAGGCAAUGUUAUACAGACAGAACUUCUGCAGUGCACAAUCAACUAGGGAAGGUACAAGAACCAAGCAGGACAUCCAAAAAGUGGUGGCUUGGAUAAACAAGCAGGUCAGAAGUUAUCAGAGGGCAAGGCAGGCCAUUCUCCAGUUGGAACCCAAUCAAGAGAUUGGACAAAAAUAUCAGGCUAUUCAGCCCCAGGACCUGGCAGUGAGUAAGGAUGUUACAGAGGAGAACUGGUUUGGGCAGGGAACCAGCAAAAUGGCAUGGUUUUGGAUGAUGGAUGGUGAACAGGGUCAACUGAAUGCUGAGAAGGGGGGUUUAAUGGAGGAGUUUUACAGGAUCAACUGGCUCAAAGCAAGGGCAAGAAGGGACAGGUGGAAAGAAGAAUUGUCAUUGGUGAGGCAUGAGAUGGUUUGGGCCAUCUUAUGGUUUGAGUUCCAGAAGGACAUAUGGGAGAAAAGGGCUCUACAAUUGUUGGAACCAGGGAAAAAGGCUUAUGCUCAUAAGCAGAUAGUGUUGUGGACUGACUUUUCCAAAAAGGCCCAAUUGAUAUUCCAAGGUAAACAAAUGGAUUGUAUUUAG